AUGAUGCGUUUCAUGUUGUUCACUAUACUCGUGCUCUACGAAAUACAAGCGUAUAUGACCGACCAACCAUCCUUCGCAGACAGACUCAACCAUAUAUACGAAAAGCUUGAAAAGUUUACAAUAGCACCUUCAAAAAAGCUCAAUAGUAAGCUUUACGCGAAAUUGGACAGAUUAAACUCCUUGAAGCCAGGUGAAUUAACUGAUGAAGAUGAAGAGCUUUUGUCUGCAAUGCAAAUGUGGGGAACGAUAAGUGAUGAUCAACUCAAAGGAGUUGUUCAAGAGUUUCAAAAUUUGAAAGAGGACAAAAGUGAUAGAGUCGAUGAAUAUAGUGAUGGUGAUUGGAACGAUGAUGACCUAGACACAGAUAUUGGGGUCGAUUACGCUAACGAUGACGGUGAAGAAUGGGACCCCUUAGAAGAAGACACCGGUUCCACUAGCAGACCUGUGCUGGGAGUAACUCCUUCUGCCUUCACUAGAUUGAGUGGCUACCGCCAUACUAUUGUCUCGGCUGUUGAUCCAAUAGCUGCGACUAACGAAAGGCCGAGGAUUUUGGAUGAUUCCCAUGCGACAGCAGAGGAACGAAUAGCUCUUCGUAAAGGAGCAAUCGCGAACGUCGGCAAUGUGGUGAAAUCUGGAAAGUGCCUCACGCCGCAACCGAGAUGGUUCUUUGUAAGAAAAUUAGCGCCCGCCGCUGACACUGUGUACAUGCCACCAUGCGUACAACUACAUAGAUGCGCCCCAGACUCGGGGUGUUGCUAUGACGAGGCGGAAGUGUGCGCGCCCGUCGAUGGAAAAUACGUUGCUAUACCAUUUUUGCUAAAUAGAGCCGAUAAGAACUUGACAGCAGCCAGAAUCCUUUUCUUUAAUCAUACUCGUUGUGCGUGUGUGUCGAGAGAUACUUUACAAAGUACUACUAGAACACGGAUCGAGAAUCACGAUGACAGACUAGAUGAGAAAAAAGAAGAGAGAAUAGAGAGUAGAGAGAGACAGAACGAUUGGAGAGCGCCUACUGAGGAACCCAGGUUAGAAAGAGAUGAAGAGCAGACGUCACCUCCGCAAUUGAGAAGAUGCACAUGCCCUACACUUUUCCGAAACCGCAUAAAAGACGGCAUAUGCUCAUGUGUGUGCGAUUGGCCAGACCUAACUAGAAAACGUGACUGCUUGUCGCUGGCAAGAGGCAAAGAACACUUCGGCUUGAGAGAUAGAGUGUGUUUAGACAGAGGAGAUUGUAACACGCCUAGCUGUGAAUACGGGGCCUAUGACCAAAGUACUGGCCGAUGUCCAUACAGACGAGUGAAAAGGAGAUUUCAUUCAAGAAGAUAUAGCCACAAAGUU